CCAAUUAACAAAAGUGAACCUGUUCUGUCUCUGAACACACAGACCUAAUGACUGGAUGCACAUCUGUCAAUGGCAUUCUGUAGAUUGGAUACAAGUGUUGGAAGGGGUGAUAGCUUUGCCAAUAUGCUUAAUGGAUGAGUACCAAACUUAAAGCUUUUUUUUUUUUCCCAGAGUUGUAAACAACUGCUCUUUUGUCCGUGCUGGCAGACAGACAAACACUAAUUUGUUCAGGGUAUACAAUGCAUUGCUUCCUUACUUUGUUAUCACAUUUAUGUUAAUUGUGUGUGUAUAAUGAGGGGGUCCAUUUUGAUCUUUGCAGUCGUAGGGCAAAGACCCAUGGAUGAAGGUAAUGCAAGGUUCAUAUGAUGUAAUGUUGGCUUCCUGGUCCCUGACCUGAUCCUUCUCUGAUCCCUCCAACAUCCAGCCUCGACCUUUAUUGUAUUAAUCCACAAUAAUCUCUCCCAGCUCUACUCUCUUGCCCUGCCCAGCAGCUUGUUGUCAUGGCCAUGAUGAAAACUGUUUGUUUAACCCAUUGCAAAUGCCUCUGACAUUGAUAACCCACCACUGACAGCAUGCCUGAGUUUGCGUGCAGAUGUAAUUUGUUUAUUCCGUUCAGUCCUGUAAUCCUUCUGAGAACGGUUGGCUACAUCCGCAUCCCCUGUUGAACCGACUGCCCUGCAGAUGUUAAUACAGCUCAUCAAAUUCAUCUAGACUUUUCCUGUUCAGAUUAAUCUGCCUCUGAUGUUGACUGCAUGUAGACACCUGUCACUCACCUGUAAAAGAGUUUGUACCAGGAGGAGCUUGACUUCCCCUGUCUCUGCAGUUUCAUCCAUCUUUGCACCUCACCCUUCACCUGCUUGCUGUUACAGUUUAUUGACGAGCCGACAGACCUCAGUCUCCCUGCCUCACCCUCCAUCUGUUCACUUCCCCUUUAGCUGCAGUGUUUCGAAGUUCACCCAGUGUAACAGUAAGAUGGAGCUAAAGGAGGUUCUGCAGGUGCUGGAGCAGCUUGCUCCUCUUUCUCUGGCUGAGUCUUGGGACAAUGUCGGCCUGUUGGUUGAGCCAAGCAAAUCACGGCCCAUUAAAACUGUCCUGCUUACAAACGACCUCACUGAUGCCGUAAUGGAAGAAGCAGAGGCCUUGAGCUGCGACCUCAUUAUCUCAUAUCACCCCCCAUUGUUUCGACCGAUAAAGCGUCUUGUUCAGAAAGAUUGGAAGCAACGAUUGGCUGUUCGAGCUGUCGAAGCUGGGAUAGCGAUCUUCUCACCUCACACUUCAUGGGACAGUGUUAAAGGAGGAGUAAAUGACUGGCUCGUUGGGGGACUUGGUAGCGGCCAGGUGACUGUGCUGAGUCAAGCCUUGACUGGUGCUGCUCACAGUCAUAAACUGGACUUCACUGUCCGGAGCAGUGAGGAGCUUAAUGCAGUUGUGGAGGAACUGAAAGCUUGUAAUAGUGGAACAUCACUCCAGCAUUCAGUCAACAGACCAGACAGCAGUGGAAUCCAUGUCAGUGUGACCUGCAGUGACUCAGCGCUGACCCCCAGUGUCCAGACUGUGUUAAGACACAGUGCCCUCAGCCAGUCCCUCAACGUCACAAAGUUAGAAAAGCAUCCUCUUCCAGGCCAUGGCCAAGGACGAUUGAGUAUUCUGGACCAACCAAUAACCGUAGCAACAGCUAUCCAGAAAAUGAAGUCCCACCUGGGCUUGAGCCACCUUCGCUUGGGUUUGGGUUUAGGGCAGACACUAGAGUCCUCUGUAUGUUCUGUUGCUGUGUGUGCUGGAUCUGGAGCCUCAGUACUGAAUGGAGUCAAAGCAGACCUCUACGUGACAGGUGAGAUGUCCCAUCAUGAAGUGCUGGACGCUGUGGCCAAAGGCACCAGUGUCAUCCUAAGUGAUCAUAGCAACAGUGAGCGUGGAUUUCUGGCUGUGUUCAGGGAGAGGCUGGCUGUGCGUCUGCCCGACACUGUAACUGUGGUGGUUUCAAAGACUGACAGAGACCCAUUGGAGGUGGUCUGACCAAGUCUAAGCCACAGUUGCAUUUAAGUUAGUCAUUAAACACAUUAAAAGCAUAACAGAUGUUCUAUUUCAAUGCUUUGAUUAUCUGUGUGUGUCUAGGUUAAGAAUUCUGAUCUCAAUGAUGAUUAAAUAUUUGUUCACAGAAAUGAUUGUUGCACAAAAUCAGUGUGUGCUGAUUUGACUGUAAACACUAAAUGGUUGCAUAAAUUCACUAUGUGAAAGUA